GUGGGUUGCGGCAUCUGAGCAAAAAGGGGAGGGGAGGAAAAGUUGAACAAUCUUACGGCAAACUUUUUUUCUUCUUUCCCUUCACCCAGAAAGAAAGAAAUACAAAAAAGGACCUAACUGGAUUUGCGGCGUACUGGCCUAACCCUGACGCCAACGUGCCUGGAUAUUCUAGCUACAUGUGGACCUAAACGCGCAAAGAUCCAUCUGUCAUUGGAGAGGAGCGGAACCAUGUGGCUUCUCUGCUCUUCACUGACGCUCCUGGCGCUUACCAUCGGAUCAUGUGAGCCUACGACAGAAACGCAAGAUGAACUGUGCCCGUCUGUGCAAGUGGACGAGUGGAGGUUUCCCCAAGCGGCCAGGGACAACAUCACAGGGUUUAAUCUGGUGAGGCGCUUUUCCCUCCUCAAAAGUCAAGAUGUGAAAAAGAUCCGCAAUCCGAAGGGAACGGCCAUCCUGCGCCUAGGAAAGACUGCCCUCAUCCGCCCCACGGAUCAGGUGUUCCCUCGUGGCCUCCCCGAUGACUUCGCUCUAAUCUUCACCCUGGCUCUAAAGAAGACUGCCCUACGGGACGCCAUUUACCUCUUCCAGAUAUCAGACCAGCAGGGAUACCCAAAGCUGUCUGUGGAGCUGAACGCCCCUGAUGCCACCUUGUCUUUGAGGGCCAUGGGCACAGACCCUACCUCUGAGCUGGUGAGCUGCGACUUCGACGGGGAGGGGGUGGCGUCUCUGAUGGAUCUGCGCUGGCAUAAGUUGGCGUUGAGCGUCCAGGCGGGGUCGGCCACGCUGCAAGUGGACUGCAGCGCUGUGGAAACCAAGCCCAUGGAGCCCCGCGGAGCUGUGCCCAUCGACGGACACACUCUGCUGGGGGUGAGGGCCACCGACGCCGCCUCUGCACAGAUGGACAUUCAACAGGUGAUGCUGUACUGUGACCCAACACUGGCCCUGGAAGAAGCCUGCUGUGAAAUCCCUGGAGCUCGGUGUCCACCAGAGGCGUCCAAGAGUCGCCGUGCUGCUGAGAAUGACCUCCUGGAAAAUACCUUUAGUCAGGACUAUUUUGGCUCUAGAGAUCUCGAACAGAAGGUUGUAAAUCUUGGUGGAGUCGCUGGAGUAAAAGGAGAAAAAGGCGACCGGGGUGAUGACUGCUCUGGCUCCCCUUCAGGUCCUUGUGCCGCGGGACCCAAGGGCCAGAAAGGAGACAAAGGCGAAGCGGCAGGACCCGUCAACUGGGGAGAGGCGCUCAUGUACAAGGGUGAAAAAGGUCAGAAAGGAGAACUCGGGCCGCAGGGUCUCACCGGAACGCCAGGAAAAGACGGGAGAGCCGGUACCAUUUGUGUGGUGGGCCCUAAAGGACAAAAGGGUACACCAGGAAAAGUGGGUCCAGAGGGAUUAGCGGGAGAGCCAGGACUCCCAGGACCUCCGGGAGACGGGACACCAGGACCCCCGGGCCCUCCUGGUCCCCCGGGUGGUGCAAAAGGCGAGAAGGGAGAUUUUGGAACUCCAGGACAGGAUGGAUUGCCAGGAGAUCCAGGGCCAAGAGGACCUGGUGGUGCCAAAGGAGAGAAGGGUGAUCCAUGUGAGGUUUGCCCAGAGCUUCCAACAGACCUCAGUAACACGGUGGCUCUUCAGGGUAAACCCGGGUCUAAAGGAGAACCUGGAAAACCGGGUGUGGGAGAGAGAGGACCUAUUGGGCCUCAAGGAAAGGACGGCAAAGCGGGACAAAAGGGAGAACCGGGAUCUGAAGGUGUCAAAGGUGAAAAGGGUGAUUCGUGUUCCCCUUGCCCCACUCUUGGUCAGGUGCCAGCUAACCUGCUCCCUGGAGUCCUGAGCCAAACUCUGAAAGGAGAGAAAGGUGAACCGGGGACAGGCCAGAAAGGCGAGCAAGGGGACGCCGGUGCUGUGGGCUUACCGGGGCCUCGUGGAGAAAAGGGCCCCGCUGGCAGCAAAGGAGCUGAUGGAAAGCCGGGGAAGCCUGGACCACGAGGGCAAGGUGGGAAAGAUGGACCAAAAGGACCAAAGGGAGAUUCAGGACUCCCAGGGGUUGGUCUUCCUGGUACUAAAGGAGAAAAAGGCGAGUGUGGUGUGUGCCAGCCAUUAGAGGCGGGUGGUGAGCCCCCCAAAAUCAAGCUUCCCCCAGGGCCUCCUGGGCCUCCCGGACCUCCAGGCCUGGGAGCCGAUGGCAAACAGGGCCCACCGGGUGCUACAGGCGCUAAAGGAGAAAAGGGAGAAACAGGAGAACAGGGGGAUAAAGGACUAGAUGGUGCCGCUGGAGUCCCAGGUUUGCCUGGAGAGCCAGGACAAGAUGGACAAAGAGGCUUUAAAGGAGAGAAGGGUGAGGCUUGCACCAGCUGCCCUUCGGUGGGAGCUACAGGAGGUGAGGGUGUAUCCGUCCCGGGUCCCAAAGGGGAGAGAGGUGAGCCUGGUCCUCCAGGACAAGGCAAACCAGGCAAACACGGGUUACCUGGUCCAGCAGGUGUUCAGGGCACCCCUGGAACUAAAGGAGCCAAGGGAGAACCUGGUCUUGCUGCAGUUGGUCUUCCGGGGCCUCAGGGAGAGGAAGGGCCAAGAGGGCUGCCUGGACCUGUUGGACUCAAAGGAGAACAAGGUUUUCCUGGUAUUUUGGGACAAAAGGGAGCCAAAGGAGAUGCCGGACCUCCUGGGCCAGAGGGACCUGCAGUAGAGGGACGUCCGGGCAAAGAUGGAAAACCAGGCCUUAAUGGGUUGCCAGGAGCAGAAGGAACACCGGGGCGAGAUGGAGCUAAGGGGGACAAGGGUGAACCUGGAGAGUGCAACUGCAUAAUCCCCUCAUACCCGGCUGUGGGCGGACCAGGAGCUCCAGGAACUGCAAUAAACAUGUGGCAAGCUGGCCCUGAGGGGCCUCCUGGACCCCCUGGCCCUCCAGGACCCCCAGGGCCUCAAGGAGUCACAGGAAUCCAAGGUCCCCAGGGUAUCCCUGGAAACGACGGGAUACCGGGGAAUCCGGGUUCGCCUGGAAAGAUCAUCCAUGUUCCUAACCAUCAGCCGCCUCAAGACUCCACAGGCACAGAUGGCUUGCCGGGGGUCCCAGGUAUGGCAGGUGCCAAAGGAGAGAAAGGAGAUCAGGGCAAGCCUGGUGUAACUCCACUGGACAGCUGUGACAGGUGUUUGGAGAAACUGCAGAAGAUGCAGGCGACGCAAGCGAAUGACCAGUCCUACAUGGGACCCCCCGGAGUCCCAGGAGUGCCUGGAUCCCCGGGACUGAAAGGGGAGCCGGGUCUGCCAGGAGACAGAGGGUCUGCUGGGAUACCAGGAAACAUGGGACCCCCUGGUUUCCCCGGUCCUCAAGGUCCAUCUGGUUCACCUGGUCAGAGGGGUGAGCAAGGGUCACCCGGACUCCCAGGACUCAAAGGAGAGCAGGGCCCUUCGGGAACCCCUGGAUAUCCAGGAACCAUGGGACCACCAGGGAUGCCUGGACUUAAAGGUGAACGUGGAAGUCCAGGAAGUGCAGGGAGCAAUGGAGAAGCAGGUGCUCCAGGCAGCCCAGGGUUCCCUGGACCUGCCGGGCCCCCGGGCAGUAAAGGAGAUACAGGACCAGCUGGACUUGUUGGUCCCAAAGGAGACCAGGGAUUCCAGGGACCACCAGGAUUCCCAGGACCCCCUGGCGCACCAGGACCAGCUGGAAAAUCUGGAAGAGAAGGUUCUCCAGGUCUCAAAGGUGAAAAGGGAAAUGACGGCCUCCAAGGAUCACAAGGGGCUUCUGGACCCCCAGGCUCACCUGGCUCUCCAGGGUUAAUGGGCCCCCCUGGUCUUGAAGGUGCUGAUGGAAAAGUUGGAAAACCAGGGCUACGUGGUGAACCAGGUCCUGCAGGCCCAGUGGGACCACGGGGAAUCCCAGGUUUCAAGGGAAAAACUGGUCAUGUGGGCUUCCCCGGAGCAAAGGGUGAAAUUGGCCCUUCAGGUCCUCCUGGUCCACCAGGUCGACCGGGUCAUGAGGGUGACCCUGGUACUCCAGGUCUACAGGGCCGACCAGGACCUCCUGGACACGCUGGUUCCACAGGCCCAGCUGGGCCCCCUGGUCCCCCCGGUCCAAGUGGAGUGGGCACCAAAGGAGACAAGGGUCAGGCUGGUGACAUAGGGUUACCUGGCAUGGUGGGACCUCCAGGACCUCCUGGACAUCCAGGCCCAAUGGGCGACCCGGGGAGCGAUGGUGCCGCUGGUAAAGAUGGAGCAGCGGGCACACCCGGGGACACUGGACAGCCGGGUCAAAAGGGUGAAGCGGGGUCCCCUGGUCAGAGAGGGCCACCAGGUGAAAGAGGCAGACCAGGGCCUCCUGGAGGUGGGGGGUACCACGGCAAAGACGCACAGCCCAUGGUGGGGCCAGCGGGGCCCAGGGGUGAGAGAGGAAGCCCUGGCACAGAGGGUCUCCCCGGACCACCUGGAUCACCAGGAAUACCAGGAAAUGAUGCUGUGGUGAACUAUGACGAAAUCAAGAACUUCAUACGGCAGCAAGUCAUUAAGAUAUUUGAUGAGAGAAUGGCCUACUACAUGUCCCGAAUGCAGAUGCCAGUAGAAAUGGUGGCUUCUCCAGGGCGCCCCGGGCCUCCAGGUAAAGAUGGGAUCCCUGGCAGUCCGGGGGCCCCUGGAUCCCCCGGCAUGCCCGGACACAUCGGCAGACAGGGCCGGCCCGGUGGACCAGGACCAGCUGGACCACGAGGACCACCAGGAGAAAAAGGAGAUAAAGGAAUUGGUGAAAUGGGAGAUGUAGGACCUCCUGGUUCACCAGGUAUUCCAGGACCUCCAGGUUAUGGAAAGAUGGGACCUCCAGGACCUGUAGGCCAACAGGGCGUUCCUGGGAUCCCAGGACCUCCCGGAUCACCUGGUUCAAAGGGAAAAGAUGGCCGCUGUAAUCCAGGGGACUGUAUGAGCCAUCAAGUAGAGUACAGUCCUAAAGGUCCACCUGUGAAGGGCCCCUGGUAGAGUCAAGGACAGAGGGAUCCAAAAGGACUGAUGCAAAGAGCUGGAAGGACAAAAACAAGCUACACAUCCUGGAUUAUUAUCAUUAAAUCACUCAUCAAUAUUAAAAUAAAGCAGCUACUGUCAAGCACCCAACUCAAGGGCCACACUGGAACAAAGGCCUUUUGUUAAGUGGCAGUGUAUUCUUACUAUGAACGUUCACACAGCUGUGUUUUUACCAGUGUCACCUAUUAUUUCACUUGUGCUUAGUACUGUGCACUAGGCCUUUACUGUAUGUUACACCUGCCAUUCAUUUCUGUGACAUCCAUAUUACUUAGAAAUUGUAAAUGUUGUGGUACAUUUUGAUGGUACAAAAUCAGAUCAUUUUGUAUAUAUUUUAUGUAUAUAUUUGUGUUAUGGCUAUUUUUUACUUUUGUAAUAUUUGACAAAAGACAAAUGCCAAAAAAUCAUCGGAAAUGCCCCACCCCCCCAAAUAAAUCAGUUUGUUAGUUGGCAA